AUGGCAAUGUUCUCCAGCCAGAUGACUUCCACUCCUUUCUCAGUGCGGGACAUAUUGAACCUGGAGCAGAAUCAGGAGGACUUGGUCUCUCUGGACAUGUCUCAGCGGCUGGACAGUGCCCUUGUUCCGACCUCAUCCUGCAUGCUGUCCACUUUCAAACAAGAGCAGUUCAUGGAAAUGCCAUCCGGAGCCUCUCUCUUCAGCGAAGACCUUCAGGACGACAAAGGCAACAAAAACAGCUCUCUGAACUUCGAUACCGCUGCCUUUUAUGGGAAGAAUUUCCUAGAAAUGGACUAUGUUAAAGACGCAAAGACGGACGACACGUUUGAAGACAAAGAGACAAAAGACAUCAGCUGCUCUCAGGAAGAUCCAAGUGAAGAUCUGAAGCUGGAUGAUGCGGAUCGACCCAAGCAGAGGAAAAGAAGGAAGCCUCGUGUUCUGUUCUCUCAAGCGCAGGUGUACGAGCUGGAGCGACGCUUCAAACAGCAGAAAUACCUCUCUGCACCUGAGAGAGAUCAUCUAGCCAGCGUGCUCAAACUCACCUCCACACAGGUCAAGAUCUGGUUCCAGAACAGACGCUACAAGUGCAAGAGGCAGCGUCAGGACCAGACCCUGGAGAUGGUGGGCAUCGCUCCUCCGAGACGCAUCUCGGUGCCGGUUUUGGUUCGGGAUGGAAAACCGUGCCUGGGCGACGCUUCCACAUACAACACCUCUUACAAUGUGGGGAUCAAUCAUUUCACCUACAACAGCUAUCCUGCUUUUAGUAAUUUCCCGAGUCCGGGCAACACGAACUACUCAUGCAGCUAUCCGUCGAGCAUGUCCUCCAUCCAGCCCUCACAGUCCAACAGCAACUACAUCAACUUUGGAGUUGGAGAUCUAAAUAACGUGCAGGCUCCGUUUCAGUCCAGCAGCGGGGUUCCCUCAUUACACGGCAUCCGAGCUUGGUGA